AAGGUUAUUUAUUUUUAAGUAUUUUUAUUUGUUUAAAGCUCUUUGUUAUGAGUUCUCCACUUGCUUGCUUGUUUGAAAGCUAAUAACCCCGGGCCGUACCUUUUUGCUGGUGUUCCUUGGCUACCAUAUGGCCGGUGAUAGCGGGAUGGCAUCGCUGGAACACGCUAUUAAAGCCUACUGAAGCGCUGAACUAUCUGUCUAUGAGUGCUUCGCACCAUGUCGUGUCAAGCUUUGCGAAGUCUAUAGAAUCGACACUAACUGGAGCACAUUGCCGCGGAAGCACUCCUAAACACCAUCUACAGACAACUGACUGGUUCGUGCUAGAGUAACAAGCUUUUCAGGGUUUUAUUUGUGGAGUCUUCAAUUUGCCCCCUCAGCCCAUCAUCUAUCUUCCGUACUCGAGUUCACAACACCAUAACACCGCCUCGCUACAUAUCAUAUUCCAUAACCCCCUCCAUCGAAAACAUCCACGGCCUCGGAAACAAAAGUUCAAUUGGAGGAGAAGCUUCGUGCCUGGGGAUUGUCAUCAGCAUUUACUUGGACGGAUGCUCCGUGAGUGAGAGACCCAUCCCAUCCACUUUACGGAGUGCACACAGCCUCAACUACUCCACAAUACUCCAUAACAAGGCUGAUUCUAACUUUUAACUUCGCCUCAUUUAAGAAAUACUCAUUAUAAUCCACAUUCCCAUGAUGGCUUAACUACGCAUCUCAUCGUGAAUGGUCAACUUACCAUUACCUAUCCGAAAGACGAGGAUGCUCAAAAGGUUACAUAUGGUGUUGGUGAUAGAAUUGAUGUUGAUGCUGGGAGGGUUCAUGAAGUAUGGAUUGGUCCUGAAGGUUGUACGUAUGUAAUUGGAGAAUGAAGCGGGUGCUACCUUUCGUUGCUCUUUUGUCUCUUGGUCUCUUGGUCUCUUGAUCCCGCAUAUCUAUACUAUGUGUUUGAAUGCUUCAUGACAUGAUUGAUAAGCAACAUAACAUGGCAACGGUGAU